AUGGGCAAGUACGCCGCCGUUAUGAUUGGCCCGGCGGGGAGCGGCAAGAGCACACUCAGUGCCGUCUUGGCGGAACACUACGCGACAAAAGGCCGUUCCACGCACAUCUGCAACUUUGACCCUGCUGCAGAGGAAUUGCCAUACAACCCCUCCAUUGACAUCCGCGACCUAAUCUCACUGGAGGACGCCAUGGAAGGAAAAGGCCUUGGCCCAAACGGUGGGUUGGUGUUUUGCAUGGAGUACCUACUGAGCCAGGGUGAGGUGUGGCUGCGUGACCAGCUCGGUGACCACGAGGAUGACUUUAUCAUAGUUGACAUGCCAGGGCAGCUGGAGGUGCUCACGCACGUUGCGGCGGUUCCGGGUUUUGUGCGCCUCCUGGAGCGGGAGGGCUUUCACGUCGUUGUCCUAUUUCUGCUAGAUGCGCUGGCAGCCACCGCGGAUGCGGGAAAGUUUGUCUCUGGCUGCACCUUUGCGCUCUCGAGCAUGGUGUGCUUCGACUGCCCGUUUGUGAACGUGCUCAGCAAGUGCGACCUGCUUCCGCCGGCCGUGAAGGAGGGGACACUAGACCACUUCUGCACCUGCGACUUUGACUAUCUUGAUACGAAGCCACUUCCUGAGCGCUGGCGCAGGAUGGUGCGCACGCUGGCCGGCGUCAUUUUUGAUUUCAAUCUCGUCACUUUUCGCCCAAUGGACGUCACCAACGCGGUGUACGUGGACAACCUUUGCCAGCUCGUUGACGAGGCGCUGCAGGUGGUGGAUGACGCUGAGGUGAAUGACCGAGAUUUACCGGACGACGCAAACGAGGCAGCGGACGACGACGACGACGGCAUGGACUGGAGGCACUACUGA